UCCCUCAUAAUCAUGUCUCUUGAUCGUCGUCACCCUGCGUCUCUCCUUCCCAGGUCUGUGCACAACCCGGAGCUCGUCGACCUCAUGCGCCAGCCGGUCUCGUAUGACAUGAUCUGCUACAUUGCGCUCCAGGCGAACCGCGUCAUCCGCCUCGGCGAGGACUCUGCUGCGUUGCCCACACCUCCGCAUACACCGCAGAAGGCGAACUUUGGCGAAACCGAGGUGCUCCAGGCGCAGCCUCAGGCUCCGACGCUGCCCACGCUCCAGGACUUCAUCAUCAUGAUCGUGCAAGCCUCCAACGUCCAGGUGCCGACAUUGUUGACCACGCUGAUCUACCUGGAGCGGCUCCGCUCGAAGCUGCCCAAGAUGGCAAAGGGAAUGCCCUGCACAAGACAUCGCGUCUUCUUGGCGACCCUCAUCGUUGCUGCAAAGUACCUCAACGAUUCGUCGCCGAAGAAUAAGUGCUGGGGCGUCUACGCAAGUCUGUUCGACCUCGCGGAGAUCAACCUGAUGGAAAAGCAGCUUCUGUUCUUGUUGGACUAUGACCUACGCUUCGACGAGCUGGAGGCUAUUCUGCAUUUCGCGCCUUUCAUGCCU